UAUGAGACAACUAAAUUUAACAGAAAUGGCAAAUAAAAUAUUAAAAGUAGUUGUUCCAAGAAUUGACCCUCCUUACUUAAAUGCCAUUAAUUAUUCCAAUCAGUGUAAUGAUGGAAAGAUGUUGUAUGGGCCGGGAAUUGUUUGGGAAAUACUUUGUGAUAUGGCUAAUCGUUUAAAUCUUACUUAUGAAAUUGAAAAUGUUGAGGUUGAAGGAUGGGGAAAGAGAUUUGAAAAUGGUACAUGGACUGGAGCUUUUGGAUGUUUAAAAGAAGGGAAAGCAGAAAUUUUGGCCGGCGGUUCGAUGAUGACACCAAACAGAAACAAAGCUUUUGAUUUUUCCGAUCCGAUAGGUUACCAAUCUAGUUCUAUAUUAAUCAAAGUUCCAAUAAGAGAAAAUUUUGUUGCACAAAUGUUGGCAUAUGCUUUUGGAUGGAAGAUCUGGCUAUCUAUUAUUGGUUGUUUUGUGCUUGCUGGAUUUGCCUAUAGAUUUAUACAAAAUCAAAAUUUUGGAUUUACAAGAACCACACAAACUAGCAAUAUAUUAAUUGCACAUUCUUUGGUUUUCUUUAGUGGGAAAAGUAAACGAAAAUUUUUACAAAAUCCAAAAAUUUUUUUUUCAAAAGAAUUUUCUUUAACUAAUAAUUCACUAUCUUCACGGAUACUUAUUGCUACAGUUUGGAUUUGUUCGUUAUUUUUGAUGGCCUUUUUUAGUGCUAAUCUAGUAGCGUUGUUUGCACAUGGCGCUUCUAAGCUUCCUUUUGAAAGUUAG